AUGUCAGCAGCGAACCUAGCCCAGCUGUUGGCCCAAUGGGUACGGAAAGCGGGAAUUGACGAUCAGGAUACAUAUCAGGAAGCAGUGUGGAACAAGACCAAGGAUGUAAUGAAGGAAUUUGUUGAGUACAUGGAGGGACAAGAGAUGAUAUCUUAUGCAGCGAACUGUGAUAACGCAGGAUGGGAACACUCCGGGUUGAAGCCAGGUCAGCACGGAGUAGGACAGAAGGUCGGCGAUAAAAUUGUAUGCGUACUUAUGGUAGGGGCCUUAUUUUUCAUGAAUUGGGGGACUAGGCCAGAACGGCACAGGCAGAAGGAAGAUGACAUCAGUGAAAACAUAAGGGAGCACUUACGAUGUAUAAUAGCGCAUAUGUUCAGCGCCGUAUUAAACGAAUCAGUGUGCAAGAGUCAGUGGGGGACAAAUUAUGCAUGGCACACCGUGAAAGAAAUGGACACUGGGAAGGGAGGUGUUUUGGGAGGUUUAAUAGAGAGAGGAAUAUGUGGUAGAGAUGUAGUGGCGCAAGGGAAAAUACAGCAACUUGAGUUAAAUGCAGCAGUCAAAGCAUGGUUAGGACAAAAUAAAAAACUACAACAACGACUUAACAACGUGAAGGGAACUGCAGCAUGUCAGACCAAAUGGCAGCCGGGAUGGAAAAUAGAGGAUUUCUUGAAAGGUGAGAAUAACGGAGAUACGACAGGCUCGCAGAUUGUUCAAAUAGUGCACGGACUGCAAGACACAAUGACGGAAAUAUUUAAGGACAUAGGAAAACAGGCAGCGGAAACCAUACAAAACAGGGCACAGGCGAAGAAGGACAACUUAGCGACGGAUGACAAAAACCAGCAGACCGCCACCAAACCGGCAACAUCAUCAAAGGCACCGUCAG